AGAGACAAGCGCGCUAAAUACAAAUUACUGAAUAAAAUGUGAAAAUAUUCUUCAUUAUUAAUAACCUCUACAUUUAUUUUAAAAAUCCGAAUGGCUCCUCGGCUGCAGCUGGAGAAAGCCGCUUGGCGGUGGGUCGAUACAGUCGCACCAGAAGAGAUCACACAGGAACAUAUCGAGUUAGCGUACCGUAUCGCUGUACCCACCUGCAAGAGAGGAACGUGCAGGAGAAACUGCAAAGGGAAUCCUAACUGCUUAGUUGGUAUCGGUGAACAUACAUGGUUGAGGGAAAUCAAUGAAAAUUCCUUCCAUAACAUAGACGAUCCAAACUCUGAGAGAAGAGACCAGAACACGUUUGUCGGUUUAACAAACCUCGGUGCCACUUGUUAUGUGAACACUUUCCUCCAGGUGUGGUUCCACAAUCUGGAGCUGCGCCGAAUGCUCUACCAGUGUAACAACUCCAGAGCUGAAGUGCACAAUGCGGUGUCAGAUUAUGAACCAAAGACGAUAUGUGAGCACCUGCAGUACCUGUUUGCACUGCUGCAGAACAGCAACAGGAGAUACAUCGAUCCCUCGGGUUUGGUAAAAGCACUGGGACUUGAUACGGGGCAACAGCAGGAUGCACAGGAGUUCUCCAAACUUUUCCUUUCACUUCUGGAAGACACCUUGUCCAAGCAGAAGGACCCAAACCUCCAAAAUGUGAUCCAGCAGCAGUUCUGUGGACAGUUUUCAUACGUCACUGUAUGUAACCACUGUGGCAGAUCGUCUGCUUUACCAUCUCGGUUCUACGAGCUGGAACUCAACAUCCAAGGGCACAAAAACCUGACGGAGUGCAUCACCGAAUUUCUCAAGGAGGAGAAAUUAGACGGGGAUAACCGGUACUUCUGUGAAAACUGUCAGAAUAAACAAUGUGCCACACGUCGGAUCAAGCUCCACAGCCUGCCACGGACACUUAACCUUCAACUGAUGCGUUUUGUGUUCGAUAGGCAGUCUGCUCACAAGAAGAAACUGAACACGUAUAUUAGUUUUCCCGAGGUCCUUGAUAUGAGCCCAUUUUUAGGAAAAGACGAGACGUGUUUGUAUGAGCUGAGCGCUGUCCUGAUCCACCGGGGUGUGAGCGCCUACUCGGGCCACUACAUUGCUCACGUACGGGACGCCUGCACCAACGACUGGUACAAGUUCAAUGAUGAAGAGAUUGAGAAGAUGGAGGGCAAGAAGCUCCAGCUGGGCAUCGAGGAGGAUCUAGCUGAAACAGCCAAGUCUCAGACGCGGAGGCCCAAACACAGCAAAGGCUUUCACUGCUCGAGAAACGCCUACAUGUUGGUGUAUAAACGUCAGGAGGAACAGGUGGACCAACCACAGGCAGCCGUUGAGGUACCAGGCUUUCUCCAAAAGCUGGUGGAUCAGGACAAUAAGAAGUUUGAGGAGUGGUGCAGUGAGAUGGCAGACAUGAGGAAGCAGAGCGUGGAUAAAGGCAAAGCCAAACACGUCGAAGUCAAAGAGCUGUAUGAGCUGUUACCACCAAAAGAUGGUGAGCCUUAUGAGUUUGUGCCUCUGGAUUGGCUAAAGAAAUGGCUGGAUGACUCGACAGCCAUCAAAGCCAUCGAUAACAGCCCGUUUCUGUGCUCACACGGAAAUCUGCACCCGGACAGUCUCGGCGAGGCUAAACGUAUCUCACACAGUGCUGCCGAGAUCCUCUUCAACCGCUAUGGUGGAGGACCCAGAAUAGACGGGUCGUUUCUGUGCCGAGACUGCGUGGCCAGACGGUGCCAUGUGCUGAGGCUUAAAAAUCAACUGACUAAAGACUACAGAGAAGUAAGCAACCUCGCUAAGGACACACUGAAAAGUGGUGAACCAGGCUUCUGGGUAGGGAAAGCUUCUAUAAAGCAGUGGAGGCAGCUGGCUCUAGAGCAGCUAGAGGAGGAGGAAGAUAGGAGCACCAACAGCGACUGCAAAAUGAACGGAGACGACAACUGUCAAGAUCUGAGCGAGGACGUGAGGGAGAAUAACAGAGAUAAUGAGGAGAUGAAGAACUUUAAUGAAGACAUUCUCUGCCAUCAUGGUGGAUUGAGUAUUCAGGAGACCGAGAGGCGACUGGUAUCAGCCGAGGUGUGGAGCAAGCUGAGACUUUAUUUUCCUAAAGCACCCGAGUUUACAGAGAAACAGGAGUCCUGUCAGCAGUGCACGAGGCUGGAAGUCGAGGGUAAAGAGAACGAGGCACUAAAUCGAAUGAUGGCCAACGAGCAGAAGAACUCCUUGCUCAAUCUCUUCCAUGAGAAGAAUCGUCCCUCACUGCAGAAAUGGCCACAGGACACAAAUAUCCUGUACAUCGUUCCUUUAUUCUUUGUUGAAGAGUGGAGGAAAUUUAUCAGGAAGCCGGCAAAGUCGAAUCCUGUGUCCAGCGUCAGUAACAGCAUCCUACUGUGCCCUCACGGCGGCUUCAUGUUUACCUAUGACUCCAUGCUUCAGGGCGAUGGCCAGCAUAUAGCUCUGCUCUGGCCUGCUGAAUGGGAGGUGAUCUGCAGGCUGUUCUUGGUGGACCAGCCCAUUUCCAUCUGCAGGACUGAAGAUACGACACAGGGCAACGGGAAUGUGCUGUACCAAACCCAGCCAGAGCUGUGUGGAGAAUGUCGCGAAGGCUUUAUAUUUCAGCAGCAGAGAGACCUGCGGGAGUACGCACAGGCCACUGUUUAUGUACGAAAGGUCAUCGACAGUAAGAAGAUGCUUAAGGAGCCUGUACCUGAAUUUAGCAUGAGCGGAUCUGAGGCAGAAGAAGAGAAAGAAGAGCCCAAAAUAGAAGGAGAGAAAGAUCCAGACUUUAACCAGUCCGAGGAUGGAGCGAAGCGGCAGAGGCUGAACGAGCCGAGCGCUGCCGUCGCCGUCGCCGCCCCUGCUGCGGUGGGGAAAUCUGGGAUUCGACGCAGCCAGCGGCACCGGAAGCUGCGUGGAGAGAAAGCCCUCAUCGUCUCCGCCAACCAGACCCUAAAGGAACUCAAGAUCCAGAUCAUGCACGCAUUCUCCGUCGCACCGUUCGACCAAAACCUGUCUAUAGACGGCCGCUUGUUAACCGAUGACUCGGCUACACUAGGCAGCCUCGGAGUGUUUCCAGAAAGCAUCAUAUGUCUGAAGGCUGAUGAACCUAUUGCAGAUUACGCUGCUAUGGAUGAUGCAUACCAAGUCUGUCUACCUGAAGAAGGAUUUAAAGGUACUGGUUUAUUGGGACACUGACCGAAGCUCCUCAAGUGAAUCGGCCCUAACAGUGUUCGGCGAACUGAACAGCUUGAAUUUGAUUUGAGGGACAACUCUUUCGUUUGUUAUUCGAUGCCUUGUAACAUAAUGUUCUAGCUCAUUUAGUGUCUGUCUUUUUUCGUUCUUUUUUCCGAGAUGUGUUGGAUUUUAAUAUUUUAAGAUGUUAAUGCAGUCUGUACAUGCACACCUUGACUGUGAACAGAUACGGGUCGAGACCUCAUAUAGCAAGCUCCAACGUCACACUGUCUCCAGGUUUGUCUUUGGAUUAACGUCAAAUUGAAAACUCUGGACAUUUGCGUACAGAGGUUAUUUCAUUUAGCAGUUAAACACGUGUACACACUCACACACACCCUGCAGUGAAGCUCAAAUGUACAUAAUGCAUGAGCAACUUCAAUAUUAAAAUGUGUCUGUGUAGCUGUACAGAAAACACUCGUACCAAAAGAACUUUAUUAAAAUAUUAAGGCAUUUCCCAGAAUCCUGCAGAAAUAGAUUAGAUCAUUUUGUUCUUCUACUACUUGAAAUAUUAUGUGCGCAUGUGUGUGUGAAAUAUUCCUUUCUGUAAAUCUUUCAUA